GCCGUCCCUUCCGGCCGGCGCCAAGAUGGCGGCGCAGGGGCUGUCGAAGGCCGAGUACCUGCGGCGGUACCUGAGCGGCCCGGCCGCCGCCGCCGCCGCCACGCCCCGCCGCCGCCGCAGGAGGAGGCCGCCGCCGGGCGGCGCCGGCAGAGGCGGGAUGCGGAUCGUGGAUGACGAUGUGAGCUGGAGCAGCAUCGCGGCGGGCCAGGAGAAGGAGGAGGAGGAGGAGGACGAAGGGGACAUGCCUGUGGUGGCAGAAUUUAUCGACGAGCGUCCGGACGAGGUGAAGCUCAUGGAGGAAUUCCGAAAAAACGCUAAAUGGAAACUGCUCGGAGACCAGAAUGAAGACUCUCAGAGUUCGGAUGUUUCGGUCCCUGCCAAAUCUGCCACCAGGAGGCAGCGCCACGACUCCCCGGAUCCAUCCCCGCCGGGGGGGCUGCGGCACAGCUCCCCGCACACACCUGAGGGCUCGGAGCCAGCCCCUGCCGGGCAGGACAGGAGCAACUGCAGCAGCCUCCCCUCUCCCGGGCGGCAGCGCCACGACUCCCCGGAUCCAUCCCCGCCCAGAAAGAAGCGCCACGACUCCCCCGAGCUGUCCCCUCCCAGGAGGAGGCACAACGGCUCCCCGGAGCUCUCCCCCCCGAGACGGAAGCGCCACGACUCCCCCGACCUGUCCCCUCCCAGGCAAGAGAGGGACAACUCCUGCAGCCUCCUGGCUCCCCGGCAGCAGCGCCACGACUCCCCUGACCUGUCACCACCGAGAAGGAAGCGCCACGACUCCCCUGACCUGUCACCACCAAGGAGGAAGCGCCACGACUCCCCUGACCUGUCACCACCGAGAAGGAAGCGCCACGACUCCCCUGACCUGUCACCACCAAGAAGGAAGCGCCACGACUCCCCUGACCUGUCACCACCGAGAAGGAAGCGCCACGACUCCCCUGACCUGUCACCACCAAGAAGGAAGCGCCACGACUCCCCUGACCUGUCACCACUGAGGAGGAAGCGCCACGACUCCCCUGACCCGUCCCCUCCCCGGCGGCAGCGCCACGACUCCCCGGACGUGUCUCCCAAGAGGGUCGGUUCAGCAGCAGGGAAGAGGGGCUGCAAAGCCCCAGACAAGGCACAGUCAGGAAGGGCUCCAGGGGAGCAGCCUCAGCCCCGGCACGGGCUCUCUGACAAGUCCUCGUCACGCCAGAAGCGUCAGGGCACCCCAGACCUGUCCCCCCCCCGGAAGAACAGGUACAGCUCGGACUCGGAUUCCUCAGCACCCCGGAGGAGGAGGACAGGGUCGCCCAGCCUGAAAAAGCAGAGCAGGACAAAAGGUGCUUCUCCAGCCACGACACAGCCCAGGCAGGUUCCCUCGCCUCAGAGGGGCCCGAGGCACGACUCCAGCUCCCCAUCCCCACGGAGGGGCACCCGGAGCGCCGCUGACGCAGAGCGCAGGCUGGGCCGUGUACACAGCGGCUCCCCGAAGCGUGGUCCUCUGAAACACAACCACAGCCAGUCCUCAGACUCGGAUUUGUCCCCUCCCCGACGGGCUCUGCCAGCCGGGAAGGAGCAGCACCGCUCCAGGAGCCCCCCUGACCUCUCUCCGCCUCGCCACCGUGAUGCCAAGGGAUCUCCCAAGAAGGCAAAUACGAUGCUCUCGGGGGUCAAAGCCGGCCUGGUGUCAGCUGAUGUGCUGCGGAGGGAACAGCAGGAGCUCAGGAGGCACGAGAGAAGUAACAAGCACUUGGAAGAGGAAUCCCGACACUCCGAGACUGUGUUCCGAGACAAGUCGGGCCGCAGGAGGGACCUGGCGCAGGAGCGGCUGGAGCAGCAGCAGAAAGCUGAAGCCAAGUCCGAGAGGGAAGAGCAGUAUGCCAGAUGGGGAAAGGGGCUGGCGCAGGGCAGGCAGCAGCAGCAGAACGUGGAGGAUGCAAUAAAAGAGAUGCAGAAGCCGUUGGCCCGUUACAUCGAUGACCAGGAUCUGGAUCGAAUGCUGAGGGAGCAGGAGAGGGAGGGAGACCCCAUGGCUGACUUCAUCAAAAAAAGGAAGGCCAAAGAGAACAAAGAGAAGAAAGAAAAGCCUCGGUACAACGGACCAGCGCCUCCACUCAACAGGUUUAACAUAUGGCCGGGGCACCGCUGGGACGGCGUGGACAGGUCCAACGGCUUCGAGCAGCAGCGCUUUGCCCGGAUAGCCAACAAGAAGGCGGUUCAGGAGCUCGCCUACAAGUGGAGCGUUGAGGACAUGUAGGUCAGGUGAAGAGCCACGCUCAGCACCGCUCCUGAAUUGAUGCUGCAGAGCUGCUGCCUGGCCACAGCUGGGAGGAGCAGCUCGCUCCGCCUGGACCAAGCCCCGUCCUCGGUGCUCAGCAUCCCACUGGAUCCUGUUCCGAGAGGAGAGGCCGAAUGGAGGAGAGCUGCCAAAAGAGGGUUUCCCCAUCAGCCAGAGGGGCGAGGACUUGGGGCAGCGCAGUGCUGGAGGUGCAGGGGCUGCUGCCUGCGGGAGCAGCUCCCCUCGCUGGUGCUCCCCAUGAGACCCUGGUUUCUGGGCCAUUUGUUUGUCUUCUAACAAACUGUAGAAACUUAUUUGUUUUCUAUUUAAUUGUUUGAUGCCAAAUGCUUUGUCCUCUGAGGGCGGUUCACAAGUCUUCAGGUGUCCCAAAUCUCAGGUUUUUCUUCAUGCUGAAGGCGUGUGGAACACGUGGUUGCUGCAGAGCUGAUCCUCUCCAGUCUCCUCCAGCACUCUUUGGGGGGCAGUUUCCUGUGGAAGCAAACAUGAGGAGGGUGUUAAAGUGCUCCCCCUGACCAGUCUUCCCUGGAGCUGGGGGAUCUUGGGGCUUCCUUCCCUGGUUUUUAUUCACUGUGUUACCUUUCUAGCAGUCCUGGAACCUGUGUGUACACUUGGAAAUAACAGCUUGCUUUUUUGGUACUUGA